CUUUCUUUUUCUUGAAUUGAUCAAAAGUUCAUUGUAUUAUCACACCUCGGAAAUUCUUCAUCAUGACGCGCGCUCAGCAGACUCUCUCCGUUCUCCUGCUUGUCUCUUCGCUCUACCUGGUCCUGUACCUAGGCCUCGUCCCCCUGAACGAGACAGUCCAAAAAGAAAUCAUUCCUGUCCUUCCUUUCUACGCUUUGAUAUCCUUCGGAUGUUACUUACUCGGCCGGUUGGGCGUGGCGAUCUUCACAUUCAACGAUGUUCCGGAAGCGCACGAAGAACUGCAAAAGGAGAUUGAGCAGGCCAAGGCCGAAUUGCGCAGGGGAAACGUUGAUGUCGAUUAAGCUCUUCUUUUCUUUUCUUUUUUUUUUUUUCCCCUCUGAUUCGAUUAUGUUUGGUUUUGGGAAUAUACCUUGGUCUUUUCUCGUUCUUUAUAUCUGAGUUGAAGCUGUUCGCGUAUAUGCGGGAAAGGCGG